AUGUUGAAAAAAGGAAAUGAGUCACUCAAAAACAGUUUACAGAGGGAAGUGAGACAAGUUCAAAGAGAUCUCUCAUAUCGAUGGCCAAACAAUACUGUGCCGUAUUUUGUUGGAAAUGUGACAAGUAACAUCAAAAAGUCAGUGAGAAUGGCGAUUGAGGAGCUCCAUGCCUGGACAUGUAUCCGAUUCCAGAAUGUAAAUGAACGUUCUUCAAACGGCGACUCGGUACGAAUUGUCGACCUCGGAUCGUGUUCUUCACCUAUUGGCCGUCAACAAAUUGGAAUUCAAGAUGUAUCUUUGACUAAGAAUUGUUGGGGAAUGGGAACAGCAAUUCACGAAUUGAUGCAUGCUAUUGGAAUUGAACAUACUCAAUCGAGGAGUGAUAGAAACAGAUAUCUUGAUAUUCUCGCUCAAAACAUUGAUCAACGAGAUCUCCCUAAUUUCGAACUACUCUCACCUCGUCUUUGGGCGAAUUUAGUACCGUACGAUUAUGGAAGUGUAAUGCAUUAUUCUGCUGACUCAUUUUCGAAUAAAGAUGAUGAACAAACAAUGCUUCCAAAAGACAGAACUUUUAUUGAGACAAUGGGAAGCAUGAUUCCAAAUUUCUAUGAUUUCGAUCAGAUUAAUCAAUAUUAUUCAUGCUAUGACUCUUGCCGUAACUCGGGUGGUCAGGUUGCGAAUUGCGCGAACGGAGGGAUACCGAAUCCAAAUAAUUGUCAAAUUUGUAACUGCCCGAUGGGAUAUGGUGGAGAUCUUUGCGAUCAGAGGCCAGAAGGAUGUGGUUCAACACUUUUCGCAACUGAUAGAUGGCAAAAACAGAAACUAACUGUCAGAUUUAGUAAAAACGAUGAUCAAUACUUCACAUUUUGCAACUCGUGGAUUGUUGGUCCAACUGGUCGAACAAUUCAAGUAAUUUACGAGAUAACGUCAGAAUCAACUAGACGGGAAAUCUGUUCAUUCGGAUGUUAUGAAGGAGGAAUUGAAGUGAAACAUCUGGAAGAUCCUAGGAUAACUAACGAUCGAGACUGCUGCCUGAACACACCACUCAAUAUCACGACAACAGUAAAUCCUCUACCAGUGAUUCUUUAUACUUCCGGAGCAACUGUCACCUAUGAUUUCUCAUAUCGAUACAUGUAA